GUGCAGGCGGUGCUGCUGCUGCUGGGUGGCAGGGAGGUGCCGCCAUCCAUGGCGGGCAGUGUGCCCCAGCACCACUUCAAGCAUCUGGGGGGCGGUUUGGGGGGAGACCUGCCAGUGCGGCUGAACCAGCCGCAGCGCCUGGCGUCGCUGAACCGCUUCCGGGAGAAGCGCAAGGAGCGCAACUUCGACAAGAAGAUUCGCUACAGCGUGCGCAAGGAGGUGGCGCAGCGGAUGUGUCGCAAGAAGGGGCAGUUCGCGUCCAACCGCGGAGGGGGCGCCUUCUUUGAAGACGCGCCGCCCGACAUGGGAGAGAGCGCCGCCCACGACCGCCCCGAUGCCGCCCCUGAAGCCAUCUGCCAGCACUGUGGCACGGGGGAGAAGGCCACCCCCAUGAUGCGCCGCGGGCCGCAGGGGCCGCGCACCCUCUGCAACGCAUGCGGGCUCAUGUGGGCCAACAAGGGUGUGCUGCGGGAUCUCAGCAAGGGACCGCCCGCCAUCCCCGUGCUCUCGCAGCUAUCCGCUCCACCCGGGGUGCAACCGGGGCCAGCAGCGGUGACAGCAGGGGCAGCAGGCGCUGCACUUGCAGCGAUGCAUGGCAUGACAGCAGGCAUGGGAGUAGGCACAGAGGCGGAGGCAGAGGCAGCGACGGGGGCAGGCUUUCAACAGCAAGCGCAGCAGCAGGGGGAGCAGCAGGAGCAGGGCGAGCAGGCAGCACAGCAGCAGCCGCACUUCUUGCAACAGGGACCUGCGAGCUCGGCGGUGGCAGCAGAGGCCAUGGAGGUGGGCUUUCCUGUGCAGCCUGCUCCAACCCUCACCAUCUCCCCUCUCGUGUGUGCUGCUGCCCCUCCCACUCAGAGUGCUGCGAGCACCGCAGUGGCAGCAGAGGCCACGGAGGUGGGUUUUCCCGUGCAGCCUGCUCGCCUGCCCUCGCAGCACCUGCAGCACCUGCACCACCUGGGCAUGGGCGCGCAGCAUCCUGGGGAGGAGAUGGCGCCGCCACCGCAGCAGCAGGGGCAGGAGGGGGGUGAGGAGGAGCAGCAUGAUCAAAAGGGCCAGGAGCAGGAGCAGGUGACACAUGAGCAGCACUUGUCAGAAAGGGAUGUGCAUGAACAGGAGGAGGGGGAGGAGGAGGGCGAGCAGGGAGAGGAGGGGCAGAGACGGGUGAAGAGGAGGCGAGAGGAGCAAGGGGAGGGAGCGGGCGACCCUGAUGGGGAGGAGGGGGGGGUGGAGGGACGCACUGGGGGCGGUGGGGUGGAGGGCGGGGCGAGAGGGGAUGAGGAAGGGGGAGGGGGGGAUGGGGAGGGUGGAAUGGAGCAGAGUGCGUAUGGCAUGGGUGGCCCUGAGAGGAGCCGUGGGGAUGGGCGGGGAGGGGCGGGAGAGUGGGUCAGGGAGGGGGAUGGGGAGGCGGGUGGAGAGGGGGAGGGAAGGGAAGCGAGAGGUUCAGCAGAAGCAGAGGAGGAUGAGGAGGUGGAGAGGGGUCGGCAGAGGGGAGGAGGUGAAGGGUCAGAGGAGGGUGAGAGAAGCGACGGCGAGGGAAGGGUGGAGAGUCCGAGUUGA